CUAGGGAGCCCUGAGGAGUCGCUGCUCAGGAGCAGCCCGCCCUUGAAUCCACCAUGAACUGGACCGUCUUUGAGGGGCUCCUAAGUGGGGUCAACAAGUACUCGACAGCCUUUGGUCGUAUCUGGCUGUCUCUGGUCUUUGUCUUCCGAGUGCUGGUGUACCUGGUGACAGCCGAACGUGUGUGGGGCGAAGACCAGAAGGAUUUUGACUGCAACACCAGGCAGCCAGGCUGUACCAACGUCUGCUUUGAUGAGUUCUUCCCCGUGUCCCAUGUGCGCCUCUGGGCCCUGCAGCUCAUCCUGGUCACCUGCCCUUCCCUGCUGGUGGUCAUGCAUGUGGCCUACCGCAAGGCUCGAGAGAAGAGGUACCAAGAAGAGGUUGGCAAGGGACACCUUUACCUGUACCCUGGCAAGAAGCGGGGUGGACUCUGGUGGACAUAUGUCUUCAGCCUGUUGUUCAAGGCCAGCAUUGACGUCAUCUUCCUCUACGUGUUCCAUGCAUUCUACCCCAGAUAUACCCUCCCAUCUGUGGUCAAGUGCCAUGCAACACCGUGUCCCAACACAGUGGACUGCUUCAUCUCUAAGCCCUCGGAGAAGAACAUCUUCAUUGUCUUCAUGUUGGUGACAGCCGUCAUCUGCAUCCUGCUUAACCUCGUGGAGCUGGCCUACCUGGUGAUUAAGCGGUGCUCUGAGUGCAUGGCAUCGGGGCGGGCACUCACUGCACACCCAGAGCAUGACCCAAACUGGGUCAACUCUUCCAGCAAACAGAAGGACCUCCUAUCAGGAGGAGACCUCAUCUUUCUGGGCUCAGACACUCACCCACCUCUCUUACCAGACCGCCCCCGAGCCUAUGUGAAGAAAACGAUCCUGUGA